UCAAAUAUUAAUAAAAAAAUUUAAGAAUUUUGCUUCCAAAAGUUGUGCAGGAAUUAGGGCAAACGUGAGGCCUAUUCGAGGUCGAUAAAAGAUUAGAAUCUUUCAUUCAGGUUAUUAUCUUUUGGGGAGCUUUGCCUGCAGCUUCUUCUAGAGGCAAUCUUCUGGUUAAUAAGGACGAAACCCCUCAUUGAUGACAACUUCUAUGCUGUUGAAAGAUACAGUAUAGGAGAUCUGUGACAUAUAUCCUACAGACAGUAAGUUUUGGAGGCUGAUUACACAUGUUUUAGAAGGGUUUUAAUAGACCAAAUUGAGCGGAUAGGGUUGCUGACAACCUUCAAUCAAAUCACAGCAGUAGUUUCCAGCCAGCCACUCAUUCUAGGUUUUCUGAAAACCCAGUUUAUUCAUCGGACAAAGAACAACAUUCGAACUGGACUACGCGCAGGAAGAAAUAGAAAAGAGGUCCCGCUCCUUCUUUAACCCAUCUCUGGCUUUUAGACAAGGGUGUUGAUUCAUCUCCAUGGUCACUGGAUUGGAGUGGGGCUGUGACUGUUAUGUUUUUUACAGUUACAAAUAGAAUCUUUUAAACAAUGGUGCUGUAUAGAGGAGCAUUGGCUUUUUCAAGGCAUCGCUCUCGUCUUGCUCUCCGAGAAUCUACUUCUCAGUUUGUACGAUGGCUUCAAGUUCAGAGUGCACCACAUGAGGAUCUUCACGCUCAGCUGCAAGAGCUAAUCCCAGAACAACAGGAGAGAUUGAAGAAAUUGAAGACUGGAUGCGGAAAAGUCUCUGUUGGGAAUGUUACUGUGGAUAUGGUUAUUGGAGGCAUGAGAGGGAUUACGGGGAUGCUGUGGGAGACCUCCCUUCUUGAUCCAGAUGAGGGUAUCCGCUUUAGAGGUCUGACAAUUCCAGAGUGCCAAAAGGUGCUCCCAGCAAAAAUACCUGGUGGAGAACCAUUGCCAGAAGGGAUAUUAUGGCUUCUCUUAACAGGAAAGGUACCAACCAUGGCACAAGUGUCUGCAUUAGGGAAGGAACUUCAAAGUCGUGCAAAAGUACCAGAUUAUGUCUUUAAAGUCAUCGAGACUCUACCUGUGACAGCCCAUCCAAUGACACAGUUCACAACUGGCAUCAUGGCACUUCAGGUUCAAAGCGAGUUCCAAAAGGCAUAUGAAAAAGGAAUCCCAAAGACAAAGUAUUGGGAACCAACAUAUGAGGAUUCCCUAAAUCUCAUUGCACAAGUGCCAAUUGUUGCCGCUUAUAUAUACCGAAGGAUUUUCAAGGAUGGAAAAUUUAUUCCUCCAGAAGGGACCCUUGAUUAUGGUGCAAAUUUUGCUCACAUGCUUGGUUUUAAUGAUGAAAAAAUGCAUGAAUUAAUGAGAUUAUAUAUUACCAUUCACAGUGAUCACGAAGGAGGGAACGUAAGUGCUCAUACAGUUCGUCUGGUUGGGAGUCCACUGGCAGAUCCAUAUCUUGCAUUUGCAGCUGGUAUGAAUGGCCUAGCGGGGCCUCUCCAUGGUUUAGCAAAUCAGGAAGUCCUGCGCUGGAUUAAAUCUGUUGUUGCAGAAAUUGGUACAGAUGUUAGUAAUGAUCAGCUUAAGGAGUAUGUUUGGAAGACAUUAAAAGGUGGACAGGUUGUUCCUGGUUUUGGACAUGGAGUCCUACGUAAAACUGAUCCAAGAUAUACAUGUCAAAGGGAAUUUGCGUUAAAGCACAUGCCUGAUGAUCCCUUGUUUAAGCUGGUUUCAAAACUGUUUGAGGUUGUUCCACCAAUUCUCACAGAACUAGGGAAGGUGAAGAAUCCGUGGCCUAAUGUUGAUGCACAUAGUGGGGUGUUGCUAAAUCACUUUGGCUUAUCAGAGGACAGAUUCUUUACUGUCCUUUUUGGGGUAUCCCGAGCUCUGGGCACCUUAUCACAGCUUAUAUGGGAUCGUGCUCUUGGAUUACCUCUUGAGAGGCCAAAAAGUGUAACAAUGGAGGUACUCGAGAAUAUCUGUAAGAAGAAUUCUGCAUGAGCAGGUGCUUUUAGAUGCUCCAAGUGCAAGAGGCAUCUAGACAAAUUACUGCGUAGGAAAUUUCCCCGUGCCAGAAAAAACAUUGAAAUAAAAACUGGCAUUUGUUUUGCAAACAGUUUUGGCAUGUGUUGGCACUGUCAUGGUGGAACAUCUUGUCAAUUUGUAAUAAUUUCCGAGUCGGUGUAGAGUUGUCCCUGAUGACGAGGCCUUGUUUCAAUCAUCAUGGUUGUUUUGUCACAUAAAUUCCAUGACCGAAAUAUAAUGAGGGAGAAAUCAAAAUUAUCAUAUUUUGGUGUAUUUGUCCCCAGCAAUGUGGGAUGCUAUAUUACAAUGCGAUAACUUGAAAAGAAUUCCACCUUUUGUUUGUAAAAAAUUAGUGGCCUAGAUCUGUUAUAAAAAAGAACCAUCUCGCAGAAA